AUGAUCUGGCUGCUCGGCUUGUUAUUACAGGUGAGUUUAUUUAUUUAUAGCGACGUCGUGGUCGGCUAUCUGAUUACGAUACGGGUUGAUUCUCGACUUAUAGGCUCUUGAUCGAAGGGAAAUCAAGCAAAGGGGUGAAAAUGGGCGUUAAUUAUAUUACACUAGGUGCAGAAAAAGAAAUUUUAGAUCAAACUGGUGUUCGGGACGAGUGGAGAGUGUGACCCGGACUUGAAUAAGCAUUGGUAUCCGGUGCAGAAUGAAUCGACAAAGUUCUUUUUUUGUCAUCCUACCAAAAAGUAAGUGGAUUCGUAAAAAACUUACCUAAAGUUAUAUAAAAAAUGUUGAUAAUUAAAAAUUAAAUAAUCUUACGGUCUUCAGAGUUUACCAGCUGGAUGAAUGUGGCUCGGAGAGUGGGAUUCAGAAGGAAUUUGAUUUCCUUCUUCAGAAAUGUGCCCUCAGGAACAAGACUUUCAAUUCCAAUCUCUCCGAUAAUAAUUUGAGUCAUCCUCCCCGGCAUUCUUUCGGAACUAUCCCAAAUCUCUCCACAAUUGGUCAAAAAAUCCUUGGGCGACUCCCAGAACCGCCACGGACGCGUUACGAAUUCGACGAACUCCAAUGCCCGCAGGGUCGAAAUGCCCUAAAACUGAAGGGAAAACCGGUCGAAUGCAGUGCUGCCCCAGGGCAAGACGACCCCAGUGUCCUGCACUGUGGCCCUGAUGGCCAUUUUCGGUGUUCUUUCUUCUCGAAAAUCGGCGACAGAGGGAUUUGUUGCGAGAAAUUGGAGAAGAAACAGAUAAAAUGCCCGCCCAGGAUGGGUCCGGUCAUGGAAAAGGAUGGAAAUGUAAGGGAAAUGUGAUUUAAAAAAAGUUUCUGACAUUAUGCAGCUUCGAAAUAAAACUGCCGAAGGUUAAAUAAUCGUCUUUUCGAAAAACAAAAGAAAGGAUGACUUUUCCAAAAUAAAGUGCGUUUUCUGGGCGCUUUCUGCAAAGUCCGGUCUGAAAACUUCCAAAGAUUCUAAUAGAGCUCCAAGUUUUGUAUCACCCAAAUACUAUCAAGAUCAGCACACUUUUUUGGGAUACCAAUUUUCACAUACUACAAUAUAAUUGAGAUUUUGAAAUCAAGCGCAAUCUCUUCUGACACAAUUUUUUCUCCAGGCCCGUGCCUGUAACCCUCGCCGCGUUGGUUCUUGUCGCACAGAAGGGUCGGUUUGUGUUUUCGAUGAAGAGCAGGGCGAUUUCCAUUGUUGCCAAGUGGAUAUGAGUGAGUAUGAGGACGAAGAAGACGAGCUAGAAGCGAGCACAAUGAAUUAUCUGGCCAUUGGGAUGACUAACCAAUUGAGACCACCCAAAUAUAUUGGCCGACCACGCAAAUAUUCGAAGGACAUUGAGGAAAUUAAUGGGUGUAGAGGUGGGGAGAUCCCCUUCUUGGAUCAAAAUAAAGGCGCGAUGGAGUGCACCGCUGAUAAGGGUAUGAUGCAUACGUAGACCCUUCUUACUGUAUAUUUAUUUUCAUUUUUUACUCUGCUUUUUUAUGUCAAACACCUCUAAAAUCAUAAUCAUUCAUUCUUCCGCACUGUGCGUUCCCCCAAAAACUUUGUCGACUUGCACUGUGCAAUUGACUGCACUGUGCAAAAUUUGAUUGCACCGUGCAAUCAAAAGCCCAUAACUUGACUGGUCUGUGCAGUCUCCGCAAAUAAAUUUUUUCUUUUCAGUAACUUGCCCUCCGGGUUUCCAGUGCUACCGAUCGCGUCGCUUCCAACGUUACAUUUGUUGUGGGAUGAACAGAGGUUACUGUCCCUCCAAUUCGGCCGUCUUAAUGGGUCCGAAACAACGAAAAGUGAGCUGCGGCACUCUUUCCGGAUGCCCUGAGGGCUUCUACUGCCACAAGAGUAGUCACACCUGUUGCAGUUUGGAGCCGACUGCUGGGAUAUGCGAGCAGGGACUGCCUUUCAUAAACAGCGAUGGAAAAGCGCGAUACUGUGAGCAGAGCUGCCCCAAGGGCUACACUUGUACGAAAAGAUUUCGGAAAAGUGUCUGUUGUCCCAGCACUGGUGAGUUGACCAAUUCAUAUUACGUUAUUCUCGUAUUUCAGAGCACGUCUGCAGCCAGCCAGUCAACAUUGGACUCCAUUGUUUGAUCGCAAAAUCCAAAAAAUUCUUUUUUUAUCACUCCGAAUCCGGCGAAUGUCGUCCGUUUAUUUACACGGGAUGCUCGGGGAACGACAAUCGAUUUGAGACCAUCCGACAAUGUGAAGAUCAUUGUCAUCUGGCCAGUAAGAUAUUAUUUUACAAGGAAAGUACUUUUAUGGGGGCUCCUACUUUUUGACGGGACAUAUCUCAAAAAAUCAGAAAAAAUGUGCUGAUCAAGGAUAUAUAAAUCUUAGCUGCCCAUUUUAGGUUUUUAUGGGUGAAAAUGCCCCAAAACUGGCUUAAUUUCCCUACAAAAGGCGCAGGCAUUCGAAACGAUAAAAAGCGCAAUCGGUCUCUUCCUUCGGAAGAGAGCGGUGUGGCCGAGUGGUUAGUGCCGUAGUCUGGGAAUCAAGAGGGAGGACGCCGCACGGGUUCGAUUUCCCUUUUGGGCCGAAUCAACUUUUUUUGAAGUUGAAGGUCGGAAAAAUAAAUUUUUGUGCCAAGAAUGAUUUAUUCCGUCUUAGAAACAAAAUAAACAUUAUUUUAAGCCAAAAUAAAAAUUGUAAACCUUUGAAAAAUUAAGCGAAAAGGGCUUUAUAUAGGACUUUAAAUCAACUUGCGAUGGAUUUUUCACCCCUAAAAACCUAAAAUGGGCAGCUAAGAUUUCUAUAUUCUUGACCAGCACAUUUUUCCUGAUUUUUUGAGAUAUGUCCCGUCAAAAAGUAGGAGCCCCCAUAAAAGUACUUUCCUUGUUAGACACCUUUUUUAUAUUAUUUUAUAUUAUAGUAGAUAUUUUUUUUAUUUUUUAGGUAUUUGCCCUGUUGGAUCGGCUCUUCGUUUGGCCAACGGGAACAUGGCCACUUGCUCUGAGCAUCAGCCAUGCCCGCUGGAUGAAUACAGUUGUCAUUCAACAGAUAGAGGCAAUUUUUGUUGCCCGAAUAUUGGUAUGCUACAGUAAUCUUAAAAUAAUUUUAAUGCCGCAAAACUCUUCUAUAAGCCCACGAGAGUCACGGGCGUUGAUUUCAGAGAAUUUCGAGAUCUGUCCCGCCGACCAGAAACCUUAUAUUGUGAAAGGAAGGCCAGUGGAAUGUCACAAAUCCUCGGAAUGCCCGAAUUCCUUCGAAUGUCAUCGUCCUAACUAUCAUUCCAUGGGCCAUUGCUGUGCCCAACCCCCUCCUCCCGUCCCCAUGCCUUCGCCUUUACCGAUUAUUCGCAAUCUACCCAAGGCCCGACCCAUUUAUACACCCAGAUGCUCAAAUAACAAAGCCCCUCUGAAGGCGCCAGACGACGAAAUUCAGAUUUGUAUCCCCGGAAAAGAGCUCGAAUGUCCGAAUGGGUAUUUCUGCGAGCUGGACGAUUACCUGGGAAGGUAUCAAUGCUGUCCAACCAACUCUCCCACCGUCGGAUAUCAGUCAACUUGCUCUUCCGGCUUUGAUAUUCAUCUGGAUUCGGAGGGAGCCCCUGUUUUUUGUGAUCCAGAGGAAGUGGUCACCUCUUGUCAUAAAUUUGGAGAGUGCAAGUACAGUCAGGAGCACGAAAACUUUGUCUGUUGCGCACCAAAUUCCUUGGAAGGAAUGUUAAAAAUCGAAAAUAACUCCUCUCCCAAACUGUGGAGUGGAAUCCUCCCGGGUGGACAUGGCUGUAUCUCAGACACCCAGUGUGAAAUCAUCUUCCCGAAUGCCCGAUGUGACAAAGGAAGGUGCAAAUGCCCGGGGAACUUGAAAGCGUAUCAGGGGAAAUGCGGUAAGGGAAAUUGUUCAACAAAACCUCCGAUUGGGACCCACAAACAUCGAUUACAACCAGAGAUUGCCACGAUUUCUCAGCGUUCAGAAAAGUAAAAAUUUCGUGAUCUUUUUAAUCCAAAUUGCUUGAAAAAUACUGGGAAGGAUGCGUUGCAUAAGAUUUGGCUUCAAAAACGUUGAGCGUAUGAUCUCUGGCACUAAUAACUUUUAUUUUCGGAAAAAUAUUUUAAAAAAUUUUUUUACACGGGAGCCGGGAUUCGGAGACCUUUUUAAAUUUUUCAUGGGAGCCGGAGCUGUAAAUUUGGCCUCGGCUCCGGCUCUGGGAGCUAAGAGCCGGAGCCGAAAUUUUGACCGUGACAAUCUCUGAUUACAACUAACCAUCCUAAAUAAUAACAGUUGUUUUUAACAUUGCACAGUGUAAAUGUCUUUUCGAAGUUUGCACUGUGCAAAAAGAGCAAAAUUUUGGCGACAAAAGGCUCCGUACUUUGUGGAAAGGCUAGAAUAUUAGCCAACUACUUACAGCGUUGAGUCAUAAUCGGUGAUUGUGUGUAAAAUUCAUUUCCACAACUUUUUUUUAGAUUUCUAGCAGCUAAAAAUAACUUUCCUCGUUUCAGAAGCUGAUUGUCCGCAAGAUUAUGCAGAAAUCGAUGGAAUUUGCUUGAAAGAAUCAACGAAAAGAACGAAAACUUGA